AUGAUUAUUGAACAUCAGUGUAAGACUAUUAUUAAGAAAAAUAAAUCUCAUAUUAUUUCAAUUAAUUUAUUAACUACGAAAGCUGUCCAACAAUUUUUAAAACAAGUCAAUAUCAAUAUCUUAUUCAAUUGUUUACAAUCACUUGUUAUAAAUGGUAUUGUUGAACAUAAAAUUCAAUUAAUUGUUAAACAACUAGCUUAUUUACCUAAUUUUUCUUCAUUAAAAAUUUUUCUUAUUGAACAACUCGAGUCCUUCGAUACAAUUUCUAAAUUAAUAUUUUUGGUUUACCUUAUUUAA